UAUUUUGAGAUUGAAUGAGAGAUGUAAAUGGUUGAUGUUCUUCUAAGUGCUGUCCUGUGGAAAUAAUCUAGACACGUGCGUCCUACCAGCCAACUUCUUCUCCUUGCUUCGUUGUCAAACCAAAUCCUCUUUCUCUAUUCUUUCAUAUUUUAAACUUCAUUUUCUGUUUACUGUUUCUUUCUUCAUAUUUAUAUUCAUACAACUACUCCCUCUUUCUUUCUCAACCUUCAAAGCAAUGGCAUCCGAUCCUGAGCAACCCACCCGUUCCUCUCUCGCACAGGAAGGAAGGUCAUCCGGUGAGAUUGGGAGUGCAAGGGAGCCUCUACUUAAUAAUGGGGUUCAUGACCCUGAAAGCUAUUCCAUCUCUGCUGCAAUUCUCCCAUUUCUCUUCCCAGCUUUGGGUGGCCUACUAUAUGGCUAUGAUAUUGGAGCCACAUCUUCUGCAACCGUUUCCAUUGAGUCUCCAACACUAAGUGGAGUAUCUUGGUACAACUUGUCUUCCGUUGAAAUUGGUCUUCUUACUAGUGGAUCAUUGUAUGGUGCUUUAAUUGGCUCUGUGUUGGCCUUCAACAUUGCUGACUUCUUAGGUAGAAGAAGGGAGCUGAUUGUUACUGCAUUACUGUAUCUUGUUGGAGCACUUGUAACAGCAUUUGCUCCUAAUUUUCCUGUAUUGGUUCUUGGGAGACUUUUAUUUGGCAUAGGAAUUGGACUGGCUAUGCAUGCUGCUCCGAUGUACAUUGCAGAGACAGCUCCAACGCCAAUACGUGGACAACUAAUCUCUCUAAAAGAGUUCUUUAUAGUACUUGGGAUUGUUGCAGGAUAUGGUAUUGGUAGCUUGUUUGUAGACACUGUAGCUGGGUGGCGGUAUAUGUUUGGAGUUAGUAGUCCUGUUGCAAUAAUCAUGGGAAUUGGAAUGUGCUGGCUCCCACCUUCUCCUAGAUGGCUACUUUUACGUGCUAUACAGAGAAAAGGGGAUGUUCAGAAUUUGAAAGACACAGCAAUUCGUAGUUUGUGCCAGCUUCGAGGUCAGGCUAUUCAUGGUUCAGCUCCUCAGCUAGUAGAUGAGAUUCUGGCAGAACUUUCUUAUGUAGGUGAAGAAAAAGAAGCUACCUUUGGAGAAAUGUUCCAAGGAAAAUGCUUGAAAGCCCUUUGGAUUGGUGCAGGAUUGGUCUUGUUUCAGCAGAUCACAGGGCAACCAAGUGUGCUCUACUAUGCUGCAUCAAUCCUUCAGAGUGCAGGAUUCUCCGGAGCAUCUGAUGCAACCCGGGUCUCUAUUAUCCUUGGGUUUUUUAAGUUGAUUAUGACUGGAGUUGCUGUUGUCGUUGUUGAUAGACUUGGUAGGAGACCUUUACUACUUGGGGGAGUUUCAGGGAUGGUGAUCUCUUUGUUCCUUCUGGGUUCAUAUUACAUUUUCUUGGAUAACGCAGCAGUUGUUGCGGUAGUUGGUCUGCUGUUGUACGUAGGUUGUUAUCAGAUUUCCUUUGGUCCAAUUGGUUGGCUAAUGAUAGCAGAGAUUUUCCCCUUGCGCCUAAGAGGUCGAGGACUAAGUUUAGCUGUACUCGUCAAUUUUGGUGCAAAUGCCCUGGUGACAUUUGCUUUUUCCCCACUGAAGGAAUUACUGGGAGCAGGAAUUUUGUUUUACAUAUUUUUUGUAAUAGCCGUGGCAGCUCUUGCAUUCAUAUACUUCGUUAUACCAGAAACAAAGGGGCUUACACUAGAGGAGAUCGAGGCCAAAUGCCUCUAAUCAGUCACCUUGUUACACCUCUAUAAAUAUCCAUUUUUAGUACUCUGCUGCAACUUUUCUUCAAUCCACUGCAUCUGUAAUGACACGUAUUUUAUGUAUAAACAAUAUGUAAUAAUUAAUUAAUUAAGGUUUAUUUCUCUUUUGUUGUCUGUU